GUCAAGCGAAACCCCUUCCAUGUGAAGUUCUUCCUGUCCGUUGGCGAUUGGUGCGGCAAAAUGUGGAUGGAAGAGCUCAAGGGUCCUAUGCUCCAGACGCCCUACUACCCGGCCUUCAUUUCAGCGGCAGCCUGGAGUCCGACAAGGGCUGGUGUCUUCUUCCUCGCCCGACAAGACGGUCGCCUGGAUGUCUGGGAUUACUUCUACAGAAUGAAUGAGGUAGCCUUGACGCAGCAAGUCUCAGACCGCGCACUGACCUCGCUCAACAUCCAGGGGCAGGGCCGUCUGGCGGCUGUGGGAGACGCCGGAGGCGUCAUCACCUUGCUCCAGCUCUGCGACGGUCUUGUAGAUCCAGGUCCGAACGAGAAGAACUUGAUCGGCAUGCUCUUCGAUCGCGAGACGAAGCGCGAGAAGAGUCUGGAGCAGAUCAAGAAACAGGGCGGAGCGGUGAAGAAGGAGGACAAGGAUGGGGCCGGUGGCAUGACCAUCGACAAGACGAAGUACCAGGAACGGGAGAAGGCGUUCUUCACGGAGCUCAACAUGACCGGCGACGACCUGGGCACCACCCUCCCAGCACGCUAA